GCCGCAGGCCGGCAGGUCGAUGUUCCCGUGGAUCGUUCGCCGCCGUGCAAGCGUACAUUCUAGGGAGGGCACCCUCGACGUCAAGUGACCGCUACGGCCCUAUCGUAUGUGCACGCAAGGAUCUGAACCUCGCUUGUGAAACAGCACCGGUUUCGAGGCUGUACCUUCCGAGCUUUGCUGUGGGUGCGGGCCAUAGAGAGCUCGCCGCCGCGCCGAGAGACGGCCGCCAUCCGACGCAGAUGCCCUCCCCUAUAGCGAGCAUGGAGCCGAGGAGGGCGGAGAUCUGCACGCAGCACAUAUAAAACCCAGCGCGACGCGUCGUAGCCCCCAUUCGCUUCUCUUCGUUGCACCAACCCCCCACACACUCCCUCUCCUUCAAUCGACACUCUACACAACCGACCAUAAUGCAGUUCACGCUCACCGCUGCUACGCUUCUCACCGCCGCUGCGGCGGCCAACGCAUUCGCGGUCACGCCGCGCGCGGCGCAGGCGGAGAUCGACGACUGGCUCAAGGCGCACAACGAUGAGCGCGCGGCGCACGGCGCGGCGGCGCUCACGUGGAACCAGGCGCUCGCUGACAAGGCGGCUGACUGGGCGAACGGCUGCGUCUUCGAGCACUCGAACGCGGGGCAGAACCUGGCCGCGACCUUCAGCUCUGACGCUAACGUUGCGUCCAAUGUCGCGGAUGCCGUCAAGUCGUGGAACAACGAGCGCAGCGACUACGACCCGAACACCUUCUCGGGCGCUGGCCACUGGACUCAGGUUGUGUGGAAGGGCACCAAGACCGUCGGCUGUGCUGCCCACAAGUGCCCGAAGGGCACUCUCGGUACUAAGCCCACCGACCCUUGGGAGGGCAACUGGUACUACGUCUGCAACUACGACCCGGCGGGCAACAUCGUCCCCGCCGACCAGUACUACCCCCAGAACGUCCAGCCCUAAAUGUCUGUUGGAUGUGUUAUGCAAGGAUUAUAGGGUAAAGGAUUCACAGUACCUCUAAUACUGCACGGGACGUUGGUGUACAACGUAUUUAUUUCGUUGCACUUAUUUAUGCCAUGCUUUUGCUUGA